GGCGAAGGCUUCACAAUGGAAAGCUACUGUGAGAAAAAUGAAAAUAUUGACGAGUUGAUGGAUGAGAAUUUAAAAGAUAUGAGCUCCACUAUGGAUCUUGUUGAAGAGCCAAAUGAGGGAAUCCUGUCCUCUAAAAAUGCUCCUCUGGGGGAAGUUUGUGGGCCUACUGAAGCUCAGAGCCAAGAGCAGCAGCAGAUGAGGCCACCUGCACCCAGCUGUGUUUCAAUGAAGAGCAACCACUCAAAGGAGUCACCUCUUGCUUUUAACAGACCACAGUCUUCUGAAAUGGAGUCUGAGGAGCGGCGACCUGACUGUCCUACACCCAGCUGUGUUUCUUUGAAGAGUGACCAAUCAAAGGAGUCACCUCUGGCUUUUAACAGACAGCAGUCUUCUGGCACAGAACUACAUCAGGAGAUUCCAGAGGUUUAUGGUGGUGCAUCUGAUAUAGAGCAUCAAAUAGACAUGCAGUCCAUAUUUAAGCUGCUUGAGGAGAGCAUUUUCACUUUUGUGAAAGACGAGCUGAAGAGGAUGCAAAGGCUUUUAAAAUCAGAGUGUUCAGAUGAAGAAAUUGACACUGACCUGGAUGAGACCAUGAGGAGCAGCAAAGAGGCAUUUCUGAAAAUUGCACUGAACUUCCUGAGGAAAAUAAAGCAAGAGGACUUGGCUAACUCUCUGCAGAGCAAAUCACCUGUGAUGUGUCAGCAUAAACUUAAGUCCAGUUUAAAAAGGAAGUUCCAGUGUUUGUUUGAGGGGGCUGCAAAAACACGAAGCCCAACCUUUCUGAAUGAGAUCUACACAGAGCUCUACAUCACUGAAGGAGGGACUGGAGAGGUCAGCAAUGAACACGAGGUCAGACGGAUCGAAACCACUGCGAGAAAACCAGUCAGACCAGAAAGAACAAUCAAAUGUGAGGACAUUUUUAAAGCUUCACCUGGAAGAGAUGAACCAAUCAGAACAGUGCUGACAAAGGGAGUGGCUGGCAUUGGGAAAACAGUCUUAACACAGAAGUUCACUCUGGACUGGGCUGAAGACAAAGCCAACCAGGACAUCCAGUUCAUGUUUCCAUUCACUUUCAGAGAGCUGAAUCUGCUGAAGGCCUCAAAGUUCAGCUUGGUGAAACUCAUUCAUCAAUUCUUUCCUGAAACCAAAGAAGCAAGAAUCUGCUGGUUUGAAGACUUCCAGGUUGUGUUCAUCUUUGAUGGUCUGGAUGAGUGUCGACUUCCUCUGGACUUCCACAACACUGAGAUCCUGACUGAUGUUACAGAGUCCACCUCAGUGGAUGUGCUGCUGACAAACCUCAUCAGGGGGAACCUGCUUCCAUCCACUCGCCUCUGGAUAACCACACGACCUGCAGCAGCCAAUCAGAUCCCUCCUCAGUGUGUUGACAUGGUGACAGAGGUCAGAGGAUUCACUGACCCACAAAAGGAGGAGUACUUCAGGAAGAGAUUUGGAGAAGAGCAAGAAGCCAGCAGGAUCAUCUCCCACAUCAAGACUUCACGAAGCCUCCACAUCAUGUGCCACAUCCCAGUCUUCUGCUGGAUCACUGCUACAGUUCUGGAGGAUGUGCUGAAAACCAGAGCAGGAGGUGAGCUGCCCAAGACCCUCACUGAGAUGUACAUCCACUUCCUGGUGGUUCAAGCCAAACUGUGGAGUGUCAAGUAUGACAUUGGAGCUGAGACAGAUCCACACUGGAAUCCAGGGAGCAGGGAGAUGGUUUUGUCUUUGGGAAAAUUGGCCUUUGAGCAGCUGCAGAAAGGCAACCUGAUAUUCUAUGAAUCAGACCUGACAGAGUGUGGCAUCGACGUCAGAGUGGCCUCAGUGUACUCAGGGGUGUUCACACAGAUCUUUAAAGAGGAGAGAGGGCUGCACCAGGAGGUGGUGUUCUGCUUCGUCCAUCUGAGCGUUCAGGAGUUUCUGGCUGCUCUUUAUGUCUUUCUGACUUUGACAAACUCUGGUGUGAACCUGCUUCAGCCUAAAACCCGAUGGUUGAAUUUAUUCAGGGACAAAUCUAAGCUAUCAUACCUUUUCCAGAGUGCUGUGGAAAUGGCUGUACAGAGUCCAAAUGGGCACCUGGACUUGUUUCUCCGCUUCCUCCUGGGCCUUUCCCUGCCAACGAACUUGACACUGCUUGGUGGGCUGAUGACUCACACAGGGAAUAUCUUGCAUGCCAAUCAGGAAACAAUUGAGUAUAUAAAGACCGUGGUCAAGAGGAAUCUGACUGCAGAGAGAAGCAUCAACCUGUUUCACUGUCUGAAUGAGCUGAAUGACCGUUCACUGAUAGAGGAGAUCCAGCAGUACCUGAACUCAGGAAGCCUUUCCACAGAUAAACUGUCUCCUGCUCAGUGGUCAGCUCUGGUCUUCAUCUUAUUGUCAUCAGAAGAAGAUCUGGAUGUGUUUAACCUGAAGAAAUACUCUGCUUCUGAUGAAGGUCUUCUGAGGCUGCUGCCAGUGGUCAAAGCCUCCAAUAAGUCUCUGUUGAGUGGCUGUAAUCUGACAGAGAGAAGCUGCGAAGGUUUGGCCUCAGUUCUCAGCUCUCAGUCUUCCAGUCUGAGAGACGUUAAUCUGAUGAACAACAACCUGCAGGACUCAGGACUGAAGGUUCUGUCUCCUGGACUGAAGGAUCCACAGUGCAGACUGGAAAAGCUGAGUUUGAACCAAAACAGUCUCACAGAGAAAUGCUGUCAAGAGCUAUCGUCAGUUCUCAGCACCUCUCAUCUGAGAGAGCUGGACUUGAGUUACAACGAUCUGCAGGACUCGGGACUGAAGCAGCUCUCUUCUGGACUGAAAAGUCCAAACUGUAGACUGGAAACACUCAGCCUGAUUGGCUGUAAUCUUUCAGAGAAAAGUUGUGAUACGCUCUCUUCAAUUCUCAACUGUUAUACUCUGAGUGAGCUCAACCUGAGUGUCAACAACCUGAAGGAUUCAGGAGUGACGAUAUUCUCUGAACAGAGAAAUCAACAUUGCAGACUGGAAACUCUCAGGUUGAGUCGAACUGGGCUCACAGAGAAAUGCUGUCAAGAGCUGUCAUCAGCUUUACGCACAGAGUCUUCUAGCCUGAGAGUGCUGGACCUGAGUGACAAUGACCUGCAGAACUCAGGAGUAAAAUUUCUCUGUGAGGGACUCGCAAGUCCACACUGUCAACUCCAAACUCUAAGGUUGAAUCAAACCAACCUCACAGAGGAAUGCUGCACUGAAAUCUCAACAGUUCUCAGCUCCCAGUCCUCCAGUCUGAGAGAUCUAGACCUCAGUAACAACGAUCUGCAGGAUUCAGGAGUGACACUUUUAUCUGCAGGGCUGCAUAGUCCAUACUGCAUCCUGGAAACUCUCAGGCUGAGUGGCUGCAACUUAUCAGAAAGGGCUUGUGAAGUUCUGAGGUCUGCUACUCUGAGAGAGUUGGACCUGAGUAAGAACAACCUGCAGGAUUCAGGGGUCAAACGUUUGUCUGGGCUGACGAGCCCACACUGCAGACUGGACACUCUUAGGUUGAAUCACACAAGUCUCUCAGAAAAAUGUGGUGAAGGUGUCUCAUUGAUCCUCAGCUCUGAGUCUUCUAGCCUGAGACACCUGGAUUUGAGUAACAAUGACCUGAAAGAUUCAGGAGUAAAGCUGCUCUCUGCUGGACUGAAGAGCCCACACUGUAAACUAGAAAAGUUCAGAUUGUCGGGCUGUUCGAUCACAGCAGAUGGCUGUACUUCUCUGGCCUCAGCUCUGAGGUCCAACCCCUCCUAUCUGAAAGAACUGGACCUCAGUUACAACCAUCCAGGAGAGUCAGGAGUGAAGCUACUGUCUGCAGGACUGAAGGAUCCACACUGGACACUGGAAGCUCUCAGUGAGGACCAUGGUGGUCUUCAGAGGCUGAAAUCUGGUCUGAGGAAGUAUGCAUGUGAACUAACACUGGACCCAAACACAGCCCACAAAAACGUUGUCCUGUCUGACAACAACAGAAAGGUCAGGCUGUCACCAGAGAAGCAGCCGUAUCCUGAACACCCGGACAGAUUCGACUGGUGCUACCAGCUGCUGUGCACAACCAGCGUGAUGAGUCGGUGUUACUGGGAGGUGGAGUGGAAAGGAGGGGUCGAUAUUGGAGUGACUUACGGAAGCGUCAGAAGGAGGGGGGCUCUAGAUGGCAGCAGGCUUGGAUGGAAUGAGAAGUCGUGGAGUUUGGAGUUCACUGAUACAUGCAUCUAUGCCUGGCACAAUAACAUUAGAACAGCUCUUCUUGCUCCUCCGUCCUCUGCCUCUCACAGAGUAGGAGUGUAUCUGGACUGGACUGCCGGCACUCUGGCUUUCUACACAGUGUUGCCAGACUCACUAAUUCACCUGUACACCUUCUGUGGUGCUUUCACUGAACCCCUUUACCCUGGGUUUGGAUUCUUAUCAAUAGACUCUUCUGUAUUACUGUUAGAAACGUAACCCCUCGCAAAAGCUUAAUUUCAUUUGAUAAAAUAAAUUAAACCUAUAUCUGAAUAAUGAUUGUAUUUUAUUGUAGAUAAAGAAAUUCAGUAAAAUAUUUAUAGAUGUUAAAAAGGACGUGGAAAGCCAGGCUGUGAUAAAGAAAAUGCACCUUUUUCUCUAAAAAUGUGUAGUUUUAGUAUUUUAAUAUCAAACUGACAAAAGUUGCUUCUUUUUUUUACUAAUUAUUGCUAAUUUAAAUAAAUAUUUCAAUAUUUAUUAUAUCUUUGCAAGAAGUUUGGGUUUUUUGGGGUUAAGAGAUGGGUCUAUCUAUACUGCUUGAUUUUGAGUUCACCCCCCAAA